AUGGAUGAUCCUUUUGUCUCGAACUCGAGCGAGGGCGUCGUCACCCCGCGGGACGUGCCCAAGUUCUCUUUUGAUACCCAACUCUUCAGUCUCGAUGCCUCAUCCCCCGCCCAGGCCAAGCGCGCCCUCGAGGCGCAUCUCGCCGAGACCGAGCGCCGACUCGAGGAGGCCUCCAAGUUGGGCACGGCCCUGAUCGAACAGCAGAAGUCCCUGGAAGAGAAGUUGAAGGAGGUGGAGCAGCAGCAGGAGGAUGGUCAGAUCGGUCCCGAGUUGCGUCGGAAACUCGCCGAUUUGGAAAAGGAGUACAAUGAAAUCGGACGGGAGACCGCUCGCGCUUUCUUGGGCCCCAAACGUCUCGCUGGUGGGGACGACGCGCAUCUGGGAACUCCUUCCCUGGAUCCAAAGUCACCACUGGCUUCCGUGUUCUUUGCCGGUCAAGCGACAAAUUCCCCGAGCAAAGUCAGCGUUCCGUCGCGGAAACAGAGGAAUCAACCCUCCAGCCGAGUCCACGAUAUUGAGUUCGCAACCGAGAUCUCCACCUCUCUUCUGGCCCAGGUACGCCAAUUGCAGGCCCUGUUGGCUGAACGAGAGGAGGCCUUGAAAACCGUCAAUCUGGAGAAGUCGCGAUUGGAGCUGGAGGCCGAAGGAUAUGCGCAGCGGAUCCGAGUGUUGGACGAGAGCGAGGAGCGCUACAAGGACGAGAAUUGGGCGUUGGAGACGCGGACGCAUGAGUUGAUGGCCGCGAUGAAGGAGGCCGCUGAUCGUGAAGGUCGUAUCAGCAGUCACUUGGCCGCGGUUACUUCGGAGAAGAAUGCGGUGGAGAGGGAGCUGGAGGAUUUGAAACAGACAAACGCCAAACUCGUUGAGGAUCACACAGCGGCCCAAAAAGCGAAUGAUGCCGAAAUUCAUCUCUUGCGGAGGAAUUUGAACGCAGGAGAUGCCGAGAAGCUUGCGCUUCAGCAGAAGGUGGAAGAGUUGAACUCCCAGAACGAAGAGCUUGCGAAGGCCGUGGCGAUGCGCAUCCGGCAGCACCAGCAAGAGUCGAUUCGCGAAGUGUCGCUGGACAAUGAUUCGGAUGACCAAGACCAAAUUACGCCUGAGAACUCUCCCCCGCCGUCUCCCAACAAGUUCACUCCUCGUCACAACCACCUGGAGACUGAGACGCUGCGAAGCUCGCUGGGCCAUGCUCAUCGUAUGAUUCAGAACCUCAAGAGCACCAUCCACCGCGAGAAAACCGAGAAGAUCGAACUCAAGCGGAUGCUGCAGGAGGCACGUGAUGAAGUGGAGCAGCGUCGUCGUGAAGCUGCUGCGCCCACUGGCCCAACAAGCAAACGCCAGAAGACGAAGUCGGAUUCCGUCCGAAAGCUUGCACGCCCCGAUCUCCUGGGUGCCGGACGCAAAGGAAGGACCGAAGUGGAGGUUCAUGAUACUGAAUGGGAAGACAAUGCGGGAGAAGGAAGCCCAUCGCACAAAUCGGCGCGGAACGUCUCUAGAGGCCGCCCCGAAGUGCAGUCGUCUGAUGAGCCCAGUGAUGCAUACCACACCGCUACGGAGGCGGACGAUGCGUUUGAGACCGCUAAUGAAAGAGAAACCGCUACAGAAAGCGAGGCGUUCCAGACCGGCAUUGAGAGCAUGGCCGACGACAGUACCGAUUCUGAUGAGCUCACAGAAACGGAAGACCGCGUUCAGACCACGCCCCGUGGCCGAGUAUCGUCGUUGACUUUGGCGAAGGCCCGGGAUCGCAACUCGUUCCAGAGCACUGCUUCCACGUCGGCAGAUGAGGACGACAGUGAAGAUGGCGGUUUCGCAUCCCCCAGCCAGAAUUCCACCCCUCGCUUCAGACUCCACAAGAAGAGAAGCGUGCUGCGGAAGAUUCGCCCCUCAGGAGAAGCACCAAUGGCAUACGGCAGCCGACCACCUAGCGCGCGUCAAUCACCUGCGACAAGCUUCACCCAAGCAACUACGGCCUCCGAAGGCCAGAGCUUAUUUGCUGAGCUCGCAGAGCUGGAAGGUGGCGAUGGUGAGGAGGAGUUUGGCCCACCGAUGCAACAAGACACCGCUUCACAAGCUUCAACACCGCGUAUGCUCCCCGUGUCCGAUUCGAGGAGAGCAUCGGAAAUCUCUCUGGACACGCCCAAGCCUGCCAUGGUCGAUUCUGGUGUGAUGACUGAUCCUUGGGAGCCCGUUGUUCCAACGAGUAGCGAAGGCCUUGGCGAGCAGCCCAGUGCCCCUACGACCCCGACAAAGCCUGUGCCCGUGUAUGCGGACAUGGCGGUUGAGACGACCGAAUCCCCGCAGGUGGUCCAUUCCGCAACCCAGUGGACGCCACUUAAAGGCGCUCCGGAGUCGCACGACGAUCAUGUGGCAUUCGUUCCCACGCCGCCUAAGAUGGCGUGGGAUGAACAUGCCGCUGAAGAAAGGGAUGCGGCUGUUUCUCUGCCAGAACUCAACGUUUCUGAGAUCUCGUUUGAAGAGACGUUGCCGUUGGCUCCUAAGCUUCCCGAGUUAAGUACGUCGUACUUCGUUGGAGGUACCACUGAGCCGGUCGAACUACCCGCUCCCGAACCUCUGGAGAUGGUUCUAUCAGCUAUCUCCUCGCAGCUGACGGAGCCAGUCACUGCCAAGCUCCCCGAACCCGAGCCGAAGUACGUGCCAGACAUGGCGCUCUCAGUCGUUUCUUCUGAGCAUACUUUGCCUGUUGUUGCAACGUUCCCUGAGCCAACGCCUCCGGCUCCAGUUGCCGAACAUGGCACAAGCACGGACGUCACCGAGCUGUCGGUGUCUGUUAUUUCCUUCCAGCAGACUGAGCCUAUCGAGGCGACGCUGCCGGAACCGACCCCUGAGCCGGAGCCUACAGUGGUCGUGGACCCAGUAGUGACCGAAGCUCAGGUUCCGGACCUGACGGUUACUUUCAUUACUCCCGAAUGCACCGAGCCAGUCGCACCACACCCCAAGGAGUCUCCUCGGUCACUGGCAUCGGAGCUUUCUCUGUCCACAAUUCGCUCAGUGGAGACCCUACCCGUGGAGUCCACACCUGCGAUAAGCGUGGUGCCUGUGCCCGCACCGCUGCCUUCCGGGGAGAACGUCCCGCCUGCGGAGUCUAGAGCUAUUACAGCCGAUAAGCCAACGUCCGAUGCGCCGUCGGUUGUGGUGGCCGAAGACAGCCCCGUCGAUCGUAGUGUUGGGGAGUGGGACAAGACGGGAGCAACCCGGCCGUUGAGUGCUAUCUCUGGAAAUACUGUCCCACGACAUACUCGUCGCCAGUCAUCUACUCAGACUGAUCAUGGGGCUCAGACCAUUCUGUCGUCCAAGCAAAUUGACCAGAUCCUGAUGGACCGUGUCUCGUCCCGACCCUUGUCGCCGCCUGACAGUGACCGGGCCAAGGAGCUUAGUAACUCCCCCUUCGCCACACCAAAGCCUCGUACACGUCCGUCUCACCAGUCAUCCACAACUUCUCUGCACAAGAGACCUGGUAGUGCUGCUAGUCAGACCUCUAGCAUUCAGAGCCACCCGCCUUUGCCUCCUGACCACAAGGAGAUCAUCAUGGCCGCCGAGAAGAAGUCAAUGGAGCUACGUCCAGCUUCUCCGGCCCUGAUGGGCCCUCCACUUGCCCCAGCUUCUGCAUACCGGACAAACUCAGCUCAGCGGCCGCGUACACCUAAUGAGUCCGUGGGUCAAGUCAGCUCAGCUAAGAGCACGACUUCGCGGGUUAAGGUUAGACGUGAAAGCCUGGCAUCCCGGCGGUCGUCCGUUUCAUCAUUUGCUUCCGAACUUGAUGAGCGUUUCAACAUCAAUGCAAACCAAGCCGCCAUGGCCCACGGAUAUGCGGCGGGUACGGAUCCCCGCAUGAUUCAAGCUAUCACUCAGACCAUGAUCGGCGAGUUCCUUUGGAAAUAUACGCGUAAGACAGGGUCCAGUGACAUGUCUAAUACGAGACAUCGCCGUUACUUCUGGGUCCAUCCGUACACACGCACGCUGUACUGGAGCACACAAGACCCUCAGUCUGCCGGCAAAAGUGAACUGAAAACGAAGAGUGUGGCAAUCGAAGCUAUUCGAGUGGUGGCAGAUGACAAUCCUUACCCUCCUGGUCUUCACUGUAGAAGCUUGGAGGUGGUGAGUCCGGGCCGUCGAGUGCGUUUUACCGCGACGACGAGUCAGAGGCACGAGACUUGGUUUAAUGCAUUGUCGUACCUCUUACUCCGGAACUCGGAGAAUGAAGAGGACGACGGUAAUGUCACGCUGGAGGAUAUCGACGAGUUCAACCCCGGAUUCCGGUCCCGCUCUCGCCAAACAGCUCGCUUGUCGAUCUCCUCUUCGCAAAGUCGGACUGCUAGGAAUUGGCCCAAACAACGCGCGGGAUCUGCCCUGUCAGUGCGGCACAGUGCGACCCCGGGCCGUCUCUCCCCUGCACUGAGUACGCCGUCCAACUACUCCCGCCGCAGCUCCUCAUCACGCCUCAGUACGAUACUGAAUACCACGAUCAAGGGCUCGUUCGGUCGAAGGGGUCCGAACCAUGCUACCGCUAGCCUCCAUGACGGUAGCGUCCACGACCAAAACAGUGAAGAGGAUCUGCGGCAGAUGAUGGAGAGACAGGAGCAAGAGGCAGACAGACUCGAGAAUGUCCGGGCCUGCUGUGAUGGCAAGCACGACGUUGGCUCACUCGCACGAACAAGCCGAUACAGCCCUCGUGUUAACCGAAUCCACUCCCACCAUUGA